AUGGCAGAGGGAAACACAAGUAGCAGCAGAAGCAAGAAAUGGUCUUUGAAGGGGAUGACAGCUCUAGUCACCGGUGGAUCCAAAGGAAUUGGAUAUGAUAUUGUGGAGCAGUUAGCAGAGCUAGGAGCAACGGUGCACACUUGUGCUAGAAACGAAGCUGAGCUCAAUGAAUGCUUGCAUCAAUGGACCAUAAAAGGAUACAAAGUUACUGGUUCGGUCUGUGAUGUGUCAUCUCGUCCACAGAGAGAGGAGCUCAUAACUAGAGUCUCUUCUCAGUUCAAUGGCAAACUCAGUAUCCUUGUGAACAAUGUGGGAACAAACAUACAGAAACAGACAUUGGAUAUUACAGAAGAAGAUUUUUCAUUUCUGUUAAAUACCAAUCUUGAAUCUGCUUUUCACAUAAGCCAGCUUGUACAUCCACUCCUUAAAGCUUCAGAGUCUGCAAGUAUUGUUUUCAUAUCUUCCGUUGGUGGUGUAGCAUCACUAAAUAUAGGAACAAUCUAUAGUGCAACAAAAGCUGCAAUGAUCCAACUCACAAAAAAUUUGGCAUGUGAAUGGGCUAAAGAUAACAUAAGGACUAAUUGUGUUGCACCGGGACCGAUCAGAACCCCUCUUGGUGAAGAACACUUAAAAGAUGAAAAAGUUUUUAAUGGUUUCACUUCAAGAACUCCUCUUGGACGAAUCGGAGAACCGGAUGAGGUGUCUUCUUUGGUGGCUUUCCUAUGCUUACCUGCAGCCUCUUUCAUAACAGGGCAGACCAUUUGUAUUGAUGGUGGAUUAACUGUUAAUUGUCUCCUUAUAUAA